GUAUCGCAUUUUUUUUAUAAUUUUUUUUUGUUUUCUGUUUUUAAAUUAUAAAUCCGAAAAAUUAUUGAUUUUGCGCAGAGAUGGGUAAAGACGAAACCCCCAAACGCAACAGAAGAUCCACAAGACAAAGCUCCACUCCGAAUUCAAAAGCUCCACCGGAAUCUUCCAAAGCCACUAACCAACUGAAAUCGUUGUCUGUUAACGACCUCGUGUUCUCCACUGAAACCCUAAGUCUCGAUGAUUUGAUUGGUUCGUUCCCAGGAAGGCGGUCACAGAUUCUCGAAUUAAUCAAGCUUGUGGGCCCUUUGGAUUCACCGAUGAUGCCGUUGUUCGUGUACGGAGGUUCUUCGACUGGAAAAACGAGCACUAUACUUCAGAUAUUCAAGCACCUGAAUCGCCCGUUCGCUUAUUCUAGUUGCAUCAGUUGUUAUAGUCCUAGGAUAAUGUUUGAAUCUAUCUUGAACCAGCUUUUGCUUCAUAGGAGGAACGAGAGCUGCGGUUAUUUGAGUGCCAAGCGGUGCGAAAAGCCCUCUGAUUUUGUCAAUCUUUUGCGUGAAGCUUUGAGUAGUCUUGUAGACAGUUUGAAAGGGAAUAAUGUGGGAAAAUCGGGCUCUAAGAAGUCUCCGACACAGGUUAAUGGGAGGAUGGUUUAUUUGAUUUUCGAUAAUAUAGAGCUUGUUAGAGAAUGGGACAAGAGUUCUAGUAUCGUACCACUUUUGUUUAAUUUGUACGACAUUCUGAAAAUGACGGAAGUUGGUAUGAUUUUCGUCAGUAAAACUUCUCUUGAUACGUUCGAGUCAGAUACAGGUUAUGCUGAGCCUUUCCCUGUCUAUUUUCCUGACUAUACGGAAGAUGACUUGCGCCAAAUAUUCAUGAAAAAACAAGAAAAUCCAAAGCUGUAUUCAUCCUUUCUAGAUUUGGUGUUGAGGCCGUUCAGUAGGAUUACAAGACGAGUCGAUGAGUUAUCUAAUGCAUUUACACCUCUAUUUAAGAAGUACUGCGAACCUGUUGUUGAUUUGGGAGCUGUUCCAAGUGAAGAUAUGAAGAGGAAAUUAUUUAGUCAUCUUAAACCGUUUAUCACGCAGUCCCUGAAUGAGACAUUUAAUGUUCCUUCUCAAUCUUUGCUCAAGGCCUCGUCCAACAAAGAAAGGAACACGAGGAAGAGUAUUGCAAAGAAGCUUGGAGGUUGCGAAAUGCUAGAUGAGAUCGACUUUCAUAUGUCUACUUCUGCAAAGUAUCUGCUUAUUUGUGCAUUUCUUGCUUCGAGAAAUCCAGCAACCCUCGAUGCCUCGCUCUUUGAUUCAACAGGAGGAUGUGACAAUCGAAAAAAGAAAAGAAAGGUUUCUGAAAGAUCGAUGGAGCAGAAAGACAGUAAAGAACAAGAAUUACUCAUGAAAGGGCCUGGAUCUUUCCCCCUCGAAAGGUUGUUAGCCAUAUUUCAAUGCAUCACAACUGUGGCAGAUUAUUCACCUGAUGACGAAGAACAAGAAAAUGUUGGCGUGGGAGCCGAGGGUUCUGACAGUGGAUUAAUGUCCGAUAUUCUCUUGCAAUUAUCCAGUCUUUGCAGUGCCAAUUUUAUUACCAAAGGAGGAAGCUGUCCGCUCGAAGGCUCAACACGGUAUCGAUCAACUGUAUCCGAAGAUAUGGUUUUGAAGGUAGCGAGGAGUCUGAAGUUCCCGUUAUCGAAUACU